GAAAACGAAAAAUUUACAAAUGCCACAAUGUUAAUUGUCAGUUGUCAGUGUCAAUCGUCAGAUGUUAUUCCUCGAAUUAGUCAUUUUUGUUGUAAACUGUAGUAAAUAGAAUAGAAUUAUUAAUUAUUGUUUAGAAGGAACAAAGAGCAUCAGAAUGUCUGAGGAAGACGUUGAAAAGUGGUCGACCGAGGAAAGAAAUAUAGACCUACACGUAUCUCCAAGCUGUUCAAGCUUUGAAGUGUUAGAUCCACAUGAUCCAGUCAUAAGCCGCUUGGCAACACAACUAUUCAAGCGUACUAAUGACUACUUGCAGGGGGAAAUGGCAGCUGGACAGGAUCACUAUGUAUUACUGGAAGAGAUAAAUAGAUUGGCUAUAACAAAAUAUACUGAUCUUAAAAAUCUCACUGUCAAUUUGGCUAAGACUUUGAAUGAAUAUAAUGAAAUGUAUGUAACCAUCCUCAAACCACUUUUAUCACAAAUUGACGACAUUGACGCUCAGGUGACUCAGUUUGAGGCGAGUGCUUAUAGUUUGGAUAGCUACACAAAGCAACUUAAAGCGAGAUUCAAGGAACUUGAAGAAAAAUAAUGAAAAAAAAAAAUU